AUGUCGAAUCGUGACGGGCCAACCGAAUCGCAAUAUGGAUUUGUUUAUGGUGUUUCGGGUCCGGUUGUAACUGCGGAAAAAAUGGCGGGAAGUGCAAUGUAUGAAUUGGUUCGAGUUGGACAUCAGGAAUUGGUCGGAGAAAUCAUUCGACUUGAGGGCGAUUUUGCGACAAUUCAGGUUUAUGAAGAGACUUCUGGUGUGACUAUUGGUGAUCCUGUUUUGAGGACUGGCAAGCCUUUGAGUGUGGAGUUGGGACCUGGUAUUAUGGGAAGUAUUUUUGAUGGAAUUCAGAGACCGUUGAAGGAAAUUGCGGAUAUUACAAGAUCGAUUUAUAUUCCAAAAGGUGAGCGGAUUUGUCUCAUAGGUUUUCGAUAAAUUCUUGCGGCCGAAGAUUUUCUAGGCCAUCAAGGUGGUUAUCAACAAAUUUGCCAUGUCACCGUUCCGAAGAAGCCCCAAUAAAAGAGCUUUCGUAAUUUUUAGCACUAUAAAAGUUCACCUAUUUUUCAGGUGUCACUACUCAUGCCCUAUCAAAAGAAACCAAAUGGGAUUUCUCUGUCGCCAAAGAUAUCCGAGUUGGUGCUCAUGUCACUGGUGGAGAUGAAAUCGGUUCAGUCGAUGAAAAUCUUCUCAUCAAGCACAAAAUCCUCCUUCCACCAAAUGCUUGCGGAACAGUCACAUUUGUCGCAUUAUCCGGAUCCUAUACAGUUCAAGACACAUUGUUAGAACUCGAAUUCGCUGGAAAGAAACAGAAAUUCUCGAUGCUUCAAGUUUGGCCAGUUCGUUCUCCAAGACCAUGCGCGGAGAAGGUAAUCUGAUUAUUUUUUAAAAUCUUUUUUUUUUCAAAAUUACUUUUCAGUUAGCCGCAAAUAACCCUCUCCUUUGCGGUCAACGUGUUUUGGAUGCGUUGUUUCCAUGCGUUCAGGGUGGAACAACCGCGAUUCCUGGAGCUUUUGGAUGUGGAAAGACUGUGAUUUCACAAUCACUUUCGAAAUAUUCGAAUUCGGAUGCGAUUAUUUAUGUGGGAUGUGGUGAACGGGGAAAUGAAAUGUCAGAGGUGAGCUAUUUUUCUCCAUUAAAAAAAUUCAAAAAAUAAUCUGAAACCCCUAUUUAUUCUCUCCAGGUACUUCGAGAUUUCCCUGAACUUACAAUGGAAGUUGAUGGAAUUACAACAUCAAUUAUGAAAAGAACUGCAUUGGUUGCGAAUACUUCAAAUAUGCCUGUGGCUGCGAGAGAAGCCUCGAUUUACACAGGAAUCACUCUAGCCGAAUAUUUCCGAGAUAUGGGUUUGAAUGUUGCGAUGAUGGCUGACUCAACAUCGAGAUGGGCUGAAGCGUUGAGAGAAAUUUCGGGAAGACUUGGAGAAAUGCCAGCCGAUUCUGGAUAUCCCGCAUAUCUCGCAGCACGUCUCGCAUCAUUUUAUGAACGAGCUGGAAGAGUCAAAUGUUUGGGAAAUCCUGAAAGAGAAGGAUCGGUGACAAUUGUUGGAGCUGUGUCACCGCCUGGUGGAGAUUUUGCAGAUCCUGUCACAUCUGCAACUCUUGGAAUUGUUCAAGUUUUCUGGGGAUUGGAUAAGAAAUUGGCGCAACGAAAACAUUUUCCAUCGAUUAAUUGGUUGAUCUCCUAUAGUAAAUAUAUGCGCGCUUUGGAAGAGUUUUAUGAGAAAAAUUAUCCGGAAUUUGUACAUUUGAGAACGAAGUGUAAGGAGAUUUUACAAGAAGAGGAGGAUUUGUCGGAAAUUGUGCAACUUGUUGGAAAAGCAUCGCUUGCUGAAUCAGAUAAGAUAACCCUGGAAGUUGCCAAAAUUAUCAAGGAUGAUUUCUUGCAACAAAAUGGCUAUACAAAAUAUGAUCGUUUCUGCCCAUUUUACAAGACCGUUGGAAUGCUCAAAAAUAUGAUUGGAUUCUAUGAUAUGGCAAGACAUGCGGUUGAAACAAGUGCACAAUCUGAACAUAAAAUAACUUGGAAUGUUAUCAAGGAAAAUAUGGGUGAUCUACUUUAUCAAUUGUCAAGUAUGAAAUUCAAGGAUCCGAUUGCUGAUGGUGAAGCGAAAAUUCGCAAAGAUUAUGAGACUCUCCUUGAAGCUAUGCAAAAUGGAUUCAGAACUCUCGAAGAAGUCUAA